AAAAAUGUUGAGUGGAGAGCUGGAGCAACAACGUUGGAAGACGACAGUGAUCAGAAAUUUGGAAGCGGGAAAAGCUUUCCAACUGACCCGUCGCUGGCCGUGACCCUAAACCUACGUCUUGUUGCUCGUGAAAAUGAAAUACCUUUACCAUCAACAGGGAACGCAACCCCUCUCGCAAAUGCUACCCUCAUCCCUCCACCUGUCCAGAACUGA